CUGUUCUUAUUCUCCUGUAUUUGGGUUUGAAUCUUAUCUAAUGCUGACAGACAGAGAGUGUCGAGUCUGUGUUUGCCAGCUGGAUUCGUGUACCUAAUCGAGUAAUCGUCAUGAGUAAUACUACACAGAGGAAAAGACGAACAACUUCAUGCUCAAGACGUAACAACAGCAAGAGGAGCCAGAAUCAGGUGUCUGUGAUGGAAACCAUUGAUGUGCUUGAAAAUGAAAAUGAAAGAACAAACAGUGAGGAUGUGGUUGAUUUAACAUGUGAAGGGUUAGAACCUGCAGUUGUUGACCUUACCAAUAAUGAUUCUAUUGUGGUGAGUUCUGAGUUCAUUAACCUUUUUUUUCAUUUUGAUGUUACCUGUUUCUAUUGUACGAUGGAAUUCCUUUUAAUGACUCCUCUUUCUGUUUUCUCAUUGGCUUGUGGGAGAAAGGUUGUGGAAGAUGGUGUGCAAAAUCGGGGCGCACAGGGCACAGAAAGUUAUGUACUUAGCAGUGAUGAAGAGGAAGAGUCCAGUUUAAGACUCAGUCCAGGCUUACUCUCCUCUCUACAAGCCAGCUCCCAAGCCAGGUCUACACCAGGGGCAGUAAGCUGUCCUGUUUGCAUGGAUGCUUAUUCAGAGAUUAUCGAUAGUGGACGGCUCAUGGUUUCCACAAAAUGUGGUCACCUCUUCUGCAGUCAGUGCAUACGGGACUCUCUCAGUAGAGCUCACAGCUGUCCCACUUGUAGAAAGAAACUCACACAUAAACAGUAUCACCCUAUAUAUAUCUAAUGGUAUGAAAUAAACCACGAGGCAGUCAUUGAAACCGGCAUACAUUUAGAUGAAGUCCACUUUCUCCUACAAAGUUCUACUGCACUCUCCUGUCAAACAAUUGCAUAUGGCUCUGCAUAAGGCAUGUGAUACUGGUUUCCUCAUAUUGUAUGCAUUCAUGCAAAAAUUACAUGUCCAAUUAGUACUAAAAUGGUACCUUGUCCUGGAAAAAAUAUUUAAAAAUUGUGAAUUGUUUUGGAGUGAACAAAUAUUCUAAAUCGAUACCAAUGUGGAGUUGUCUGGGUGUGAGGACUUGGCUGAUAAUAUUUAUUUGUUUUGGUUACUCAGCUGGCCAGUUUGAAAGUAUUGAGCAGAGUAGUUAUAGUGUCAGUUUUAAAUUGAAAAUGAAUGACCAACUAUCACAAAAAUGGAAAUAUGAAUCUGUCAUUGUUUAUUAAAAUGUGUGGGUUUUCUGUGUUGUUUGGGAUAAAUUGCACAUUCAUCUGGGGGUUAAAAAAAUGUAUCCCCCUCUACACAUUCAUUUGUAUAGCUAAAGUCCCAACCAUAUAGGCUUUUGUUAUUAUUACUCAUGGUUAACAUGUGAUUUAUCUUUGGGAUAUUGGCAUCAAUAUACACAGGUUCUUGAUUGACCAUCAAGCAUACUGUUAUUUACAAGGAAAGAAAGUAUGUUGGAUGCGAAAUUCUGUCCUGGGAAAGUGAUUCUAUACAGGAACACUUAAAGAAAUCUUCUAAAUUUGCUCCGUUGUCAGAUAUUUGAAUGGUAACCAAUUCUAAUAACAGAAGGCUGAUUUGCCAAUUAUACAUGUAAAUGUUUGUAUAUAGUUUCAUGUAUAAAGCAUCUGUAAUUUAAAUGUUGGCAGUGUAAAGACCAUUGAUUUUGUUUCAAUAAACGUUUUGAUCACUGCUU